GAAUCGUAGAUGAAUUGCAAAUGAAAGAUUAGCCAUAUUUGAUUUACAUUCAAUUAAUAAUGUUCAUGUACUAUUUUGUUAUUCUAUCAAAGUUUCAUUUUGGGUUGUUAAUCAUAAUUUAUUAAGUAAUAUGAUGAUGAAUUCGAUGUUUUAAAAGUUGUCAAGUGGCAGCCUGACUAAGCGUUUACUUUUUAUUGCCGCCAUUUCGUAGUUGAACCCGCGUCCAAAGUUUGUCAAUUUUACCGGUUAUAAGUUUCGUGUAUUUCGUAUGGUUAUUCGUUUGUGUCGCUGCUAAUUAGAAAGAGGACAUUACCUUGGAAUCUCUUGUGCUUCCUCUUAUAGAAUUAUGAGAGAUUUGUGAAACUUUAACGAGUUUCGGUUCAACUGUCAAUAUUACGAGUGGUAUGUCGUGCGAAAAAUCAAAGCCGAGCACCCCACAUGGUUUUUGCAAUGCAAUUUUUGCGAGUUCAUCCUGCACUUUCGGGAAGGAAAACAGACCCCCUAGAGAUGGUCACGGUAGCAAUCCAGAACUUCGUACGGAACGUGAUACGCGGUGGCAACAGACAAGAAGAAUGUUCUGUUCAGAGGAAAAAUUAAAAACACCAUCGAAAUCAAAUUUACACACACGUUUGUCAUCGGACAAAACACCGGUGACGCAUUUCUGCACUCCGCGAAGAGUCGCCCCGUCGAACGCCCGCACUCCGAUGAAACGAUACUUUAGCGAUCACUCACUGACGCAAAGUACACCGGAAUGUUUCAAUCAGGUACAAGUGGAAACACCGAGGAGAGAAAUCUUUGUCGAGGAACAGACAAUAUGCGACGGAGAAAAUAGUAAUCUAACUGUUGGCAUACGUGUCCGUCCACUAAAUUUACGAGAACUUACCGAACCCAAAAUCACGUCUAUAAUUACCGCUGCAGGUCAAAGCGUCAUUGUAGAUUGUGAAUCGUCUCAGCAUUCCUUUAUGUACGACCACUGCUUUGUCUCAUAUUCCGAUUCUGAUAGAGAAGGUCAUGCGGAUCAGGAAACGGUGUUUCGCAGUCUGGUACUUCCGUUAGUACAAAAUGCAUUUGAGGGUUACAACGCGUGCCUGUUUGCUUAUGGUCAAACUGGAUCUGGGAAGAGUUACAGUAUGAUGGGUGUAGAAUCCGGAGGAAGUAAACCAGGACCGGAAGCUGGUAUAAUACCGCGUUUCUGUUAUGAAAUAUUUCGUCGCGCACAGCAAACAUCUGAAAUCGCUACAUCAGUCGAGAUCAGCUAUUUCGAAAUUUAUAACGAAAAGAUACAUGAUUUGCUUGCGAGUGACAGUGGUUCGAAAAAGAAAUCGCCAUUGAAGGUGAGAGAACAUCCCGUUUUUGGUCCGUACGUGGUUGAUCUCAGUCAACAUGGAGUUCGAAGUUAUGAUGAUCUACAGGCUUGGCUAAAGGUCGGCAAUUCGCAAAGAGUAACUGCUGCAACUGGAAUGAACGAGAAAAGUUCAAGAUCGCACAGCAUCUUCAGCGUGAUAUUAACACAAACGAGGAUUGACGUUCCUGAGGGUAAACCUGUCGAGCCUAGUAAAAGAAGUAAAAUUAAUCUAGUCGAUCUUGCCGGAAGUGAAAGACUAAGUCAGACCUGCGCAAGCGGAGACCGACUAAGAGAAGGUGUUUCCAUCAACAAAUCCUUAUUGACUUUGGGUAAAGUUAUUGGUUCUCUCGCGGAAAGUACCAGUAAUCGCAAGCGUGGUUUUGUACCGUACCGGGAAUCUGUGCUAACAUGGCUGUUGAAGGAAAGUCUGGGGGGAAAUUCCAGAACCGCCAUGCUAGGCACUGUAUCACCUGCCAGCAUUCAUCUAGAAGAAACACUUGCUACCUUGAGAUACGCCUGUCAAGCAAGAGCUAUAGUUAAUAGAGUCCGAAUCAAUGAAGAUCCUCAUGACAGACUGAUACGUGAACUGAAGGCUGAAGUGUUGAGGCUACGUGGCGUUCGUGAAGGAUAUGAAAGACAGCUUGGAAAUCAUCCUCAGAGACCCGAUGGAGGUAACGAGGCGACUGAGGAAGUUCGGGCCAAGGAACAGGAAAUAGAGAAUCUACGUGAACAAUUGAGAAAGACCGAGGAACAAUUGUGUCUUACCCAGAAAUCCUGGAUGGACCGUCUUCGCGAAGCCGAGGAACAAAAGAAUCGUGAACUUCAUCAAUUACGACGUCGUGGAAUCGCUGUUGAGCUUAACGUGAACGAGAAAUGCGAUCAGCCGUGUCUUAUCAAUCUCACCGCUGAUCCCAUUCUCUCGGGCACCUUAUUUUAUCUCGUACCACCGGGUAUGGUUCGUGUUGGCAAGGCAAAGAGUAACAGAAGCAAGUUUGUUGAUCAUGGCAACAGGACUGUCAGCCACGUCGACAUCGUCCUCGAUGGACCAUUGGUCCGACAUCUUCACUGUACGAUCGAGAAUAACAAUGGCAGGCUGACUCUCACGCCGGAAGUCGACAGCGAUACCUAUGUUAACGGACAGAUAGUAACGGGAAAAGUUUUGCUGAAACAUGGAGACAGACUUGUUAUUGGCGGGAAUCACUAUUUUCGUGUUUGCAAUCCAAAAGAUGAUAAUGCUCAGUCAUCUGUACAUCCAACGGAUUUCGAGUUUGCGCACCAGGAGAUUCUUCGAAUUCAAGAGGAAAAAUUAAGAGCGGAAUUGGAAGAAUCGAAACGCAAAGCGAUCAAGGAAUUGGAGAAUGCAAAGAAAGACGUGGAGCUGCAAUUGGGCUCGCAAAAACUCACAUUCGAGCGUGAAAUACAGGCGCUUGGGACGACAUUGGAACGGCAGAAAAUGGCUUUGGAGGAAGUGAAUCGUCGCAAAAAGGAGCUCGAAUUGGAGAAAGAAAUUAUUGCGUCCGAAAUGGAAACAAAUGAGCGUGUAAGAAAAAUUCAAAACGAACACACCAUUUCUGGCGACACAUUACCGCCAUACCAUUCAAAUUUUCUCGCGGAACUUGAGGCUAUUCUUAACGAGACCACCGCAGAUGCUGAAACAACUUUGCAGCUGAAGUGUAGCAACGAUGCUAUUAAGAACGGUGGGGUGACUCUUCAUGAAAUGCAAUUACUGGUGCGAGAAGCUACCGAGAGAUGUAGAGAUGUCGGUAUAAAUUAUGAAUUCAACCAGCAGCAAGUUCUAACCGAAAAAGGGCUUCAGCCUGCAAUACGAAUCAGAGACAAGGACCAUAACCAAGAGACUUUAUGGAAGCCAAUGAGGUUCCUCGACUGGGUGCAUCGACUACGAGAAUUUGACGUGGAGGACUCAUUGAAGGUGUUACGAGAUGUUGAAGACCAAUGGGUGACCUUCGAUGAAAGCGAAAUAGCGGAUGACAGUUUAAACACUAGUCGAAUAUCAAUAAAUAUGACACCAGUUAGACGUCAGCUCAAUGAAAGUCUUCAUCAACUGUCAAUGGACGCUGGAAUAUUAGAGGAAACUGGAAUAUCAUAUUUAAAGGACGAUUCAGGAAAAGUUGACGGUUUACAAUUACAGGAAGCUGAAUGUCUCAGCCAGAUUGAAAUCGCAGUUCAGAGAUUGGCGCAUUUGUGUCAUUUGCAUGAGAGUCGUGAAACCAGUGGUGCCGUUACAAAAGCUUUAGACAAAGUUCAAAGUAUCGUUAUGGAUUUGAGAAAUCAAUUGGAUCUUGAAGAAAGCUCAAAGGAGAAACAAGAUAAGAAUGAGAAAUCUGUUCAUUGUGAUACAAAAAAUGCUAAGCAGAAUCUAAGUCUAAAUGACAGAUUAGAUCAGAGUUCUAAUGAUCGAGAAAAUUCAAAAAACAAUAUCAACGAAGAGAAGAUUGAGAUAUUGAAUUUAUUUGAAAAUUUCAUUGAUGAAGAUCUUUCGAAAAAGGAUACAAAAUCCAAUUCCAAUGAAUCUCCAAGUAAAUCAAAAUCUCGGGGUACUUGUCCACAUUUGAAAAACUCAAAAACUGUACAAUUCAACGUACAAUAACUGUAUUCUCUAUUUUUUUUUUUAUUGAUCAUGAGCAAUUUUUCUUUAGGGUCUGUACUUUUAUCUUUAAUUAUUUCAAACAUACUUGUGUUUCAGUUUUUCGCGUUUUAUAUUUUGACUGGCAGUUCCUUUUUUUUUAAUAAUACCAAAAUAUCUUUUAUAUUUAUACUAUCAGAUCGUUCAAGCCAUCUUAAUUUGAUUCUAAUAAACUGUGGGACCCUUGCACGUUACGAUAA